AUGAAAAAGAUGUUUCAAGAAAAUGAAGAACUAAGAAAAAAUUUAAAAUACUUUGUUGAAAGUUAGAAGUAAGUCUUAAGGUGGCCUCUCAUUGCCUAAUAAUUGGAAACACUUCAUGAUAUAAAGAUUGAUAUACCAUAUGAAUUAAAAUAGAUUUACUAGGAUUAUUGCUGUCCUAAACCUGAAAUAGAAUCUAAUAACUUAUAAAUUUUAAUGCAUACUAUUAUUGAAUGUCGAUGUGAUAUGUCAUCUACACUUGAAAAGUUUGUAGAAAGAAGUGGAAUUAAGUAUUAUGUAUAAUAGUAUUUUAAGAAUUUCAUGUUAUUUAUUAACAAGUAGAGCUUAAUAAAUCUUUAAAAAAGCAAUUGAAAAAGGUAUUAUGGUAUUUGUAAAAAAUAAAACAGAAUAGAAAAAAAGAUUAACUAACUUUCCAAAAGCAAAUAUUGUUAGAUUGAUUAAAUGUUUAGAUUUAAAACCAAAUAAUGAACAUUGUGUUAUGGUUAUUGAAGCAGCAAAUUGUCUUAAAGAAUUAUUAUUAACAUAUUCGAUCAACAAAGAUAAAGAUCGUUCAAUUUAUUAUGAAGAAAUAAAAUAAAAGAUGAAUAAAAAUCAAUUCUUUCGAACUCUUUUAUGCUUAUCUUUUCUUGAUGAUCUACGUAUGAUAAGUUAAAACUUAAUUACAUAAGACAAAUAAUUAUUACCUGAUUAUUUUCUUUAAGAUUCAAUUGAAAAAAACAAAAAAUUAGAUGUUUAUUAAUUUUUAUAUGUAUCAGAUAUGCAAUUGAAAUAUUAAAUGUAUAAUGAUUCAAAAGAUAUCUAAUAAGAUUAAGAAUUUAAAUAUUAUAUUGAAGAAUAUCAAUAUAAUAAAUUUAAGAAAUUAUCAAAAGAAUUAAUACAAGAAAAACCAUUAAAAAGAAGUAUUUAGACAGUAAGAGGUAAGAUCAUUACAAAUACAAAAUACUAUCCAAGCAAAAAGACUAUUAAAUUUAAUAAAGAUUUAGAUAAAAACUUUGAUGAAUAAGAUGAUGAUUCUGCUGGAUGUUAUAGAGUGGAUAUUCCUUUAUUUAAACAAAAAAAUUGA